UUCAUACAUUUGUCAUACCCUAAAAGAGACUACAAUAUUUUUACUUUAAGAAAUAAUCAAAUAAACAACAAAAUGAAUAGAAAAACAUUAAACCCAGCAGAUCCCGAGAUCACAUUUGUGGAUCAGCUCUUGCAACACCGUGCGGUACGUAGUCAGAUCGCACAAACCCGUUUCACCUGGAAUAGACGCAGUGCCUGGUUUCCAGAAGCUCAGGCGAUGGAGUACGCUCAAAUAUCCGUGGUAUUUAACGAUUGUAUUCAGAAAUACGGAGCAGAAAUGUUCGAGUACUAUGCGAAAAAGAAUCGUCUUCAUAAGAAAUAUACUAAGGAUAAUUUGACUCCUGCUAAAAAGGCAAAACGAAGGUCGGAUCCUUCCAUGGACCAUUUAGCAGGGUACAAAGUCCCCAAGACGACCAAUGGAAUAUAUGGAAGUGUUCGGCCAUCUCAUCUAUUCCACUGCAUGGAUUCACAAAAUUAAUUUUCUAAAUGUUUUCUUAUUAUUUUGGUAAAUGGGAAAA